AUACUGAUGAUCUGGUUUUUGACCUUUGGUUGACUGCAUGUGACCAGCAGCUGUUUUGUGAUUGGAUAUUGUGGUAGCCAGUGUGUUGAUACUGUUAUGAAAGAUGUGAGGAUUUCUACAAACAGUGCAGAAUAUUUUAAUGGAUUUAAUGUGAAAAUAUAACAUGGAGUUUUUAAUCCACCCUGGCAAAAUGAAGUGGAUAUAUUUGAUUGGAAUUAUAGUGAGCUGUGGAUGGAAGAGAGUUAAUUCAGUGGAUCUAUCUUCAUGUGAAGGUUCCCUGGGUAUGGAGAAUUUCAAGAUACCAGAUUCUGCCAUAACAGCCAGUUCUUCUUAUGAAGAUCAGUCAGUUGGUCCAAAAAGUGCUAGAAUAAGACAGGAGUUGUAUGGAGGAGCCUGGUGUCCUAAACAGAUGAUCACCAAGGAAUCUUAUGAGUAUUUACAGGUUGAUCUUGGUCAGUUAAACGUCAUUACAAAGGUCGAAGUUCAAGGACGCUUUGGAAAUGGACAGGGUCAAGAAUUUACAGAAUAUUUUUUACUGGAAUACCAGCGUGAAGAUGAUGGUGAAUGGGUUAGAUUUAAAAACAGGAAAGGAAUUGAGCAUUUUAAGGGAAAUACCAACACCUAUUUAACAGAAAUGUGUGAGGUCGACCCUCCCAUAGUCUGUAAACGUAUCCGGUUUAUUCCAUUCAGUCAGAAGAGACGAACUGUUUGUAUGAGGGUAGAAUUGUAUGGCUGUAAAUGGCUCUCUGGUGUAGUGGCAUACACAAUGCCACAAGGAGAUAGACGUGGAGCGGAAGUGGAUCUUUUUGACUUUACAUACGAUGGUAUAUUUUACGAGAACCAUUUAUCUAAUGGCAUGGGACAGUUAAUAGACGGAGAAACAGGGGGAGAUAAUUUCCGAUCGGACAAACAUGGUAUAAAGGGGUAUGAUUGGGUCGGAUGGAAAAAUGACUCUAUGGUCAGAAAUAAACCUGUGGAAAUCAUCUUCAAAUUUGAACAAGUUCGUAACUUUUCUUUCAUGACGAUACACACGAACAACCACUUCAGUAAAGAUGUGAGAGUGUUUACCAAAGCUGUGAUUUAUUUUAGUGUUGGCGGGAAGUUUUACCAGAAGAAACCCCUGAUUCACACUGAAUACCAGGAUAAAUGGGUAGAAUACGCCAGAGAUGUUAAUAUCUCCCUGGGAAAUCAUGUUGGACGUUAUGUCAAAGUUUAUCUUUACUUCGAUGACAAGUGGAUUAUGAUUAGCGAAGUUGACUUCGGCUCAAAGCCAGCUGAUAAUUUUACUGUAGAAGUGGAGCCCCCUACAACUAAAGGGCCCUCAACUCUAGCACCUGUGAUACCAAAACAAGAUUUCUUUGAUGUUCCUAUAAGUUACGAUAAACCAAAACAAACAAUGGAAGAUAUUCCCCCCUCAAAAGAAGCAGCUCCAGAUGAUAAUAUUAUAGCUAUAAUAGUGGGAACCUUAGCAGCACUCAUUGCUCUCUUAGUCGCCAUAGUUUGUUUUAUUUUCUGGCGGCAAAGACGGAGCAAACAGAAUAACAAUAGACACAGUCUAAAACCAGCUGUUGAUAGAAACAUACCGAUUAAUAUGAAUGAUGUACAUGGCACUAGGAACGGGAAGGUUUUAAACGGCAAUGUUUAUAACAGUGUGGCGACUGACGAUGUGGAAUGUGACCCGCACAUGUGUAAUGGUGAUAAAACAUUUUCAAGAGAUUAUGCCAUUCCUGAUGUUACCAAGUCAGCAUUAGUGGUGGCACUGCCUCCUCAGCCACCGCAGCCACCGUUGAGAGGAACACCAAACCCGGCACAAGGACAACCGAUACUGAUUAACUCCCUUGACAAACCACCGACUUACGAUGCCCUGUACGCUGCCGCUGAUGUGAUCAAUGUUCAAGUUCCCAACAUUCCCAGCUUACAAGGUGUCAGUGGUAACAAUGUGUAUGCUGUUCCUAAUGCAGAAAUCCUCCUAACAUUGGAGCACUCAGUCACUCAGUUUCCUAGAGACAAUCUACAGUUUAUUGAAGUUUUGGGAGAAGGACAAUUCGGAGAGGUACAUUUAUGUGAGGCUUUAAAUGUAAGUGAGUUCAUAAAUGACGACUACUUCGUAAACAGAAAUAGUAAUAGACCUGUUUUAGUGGCUGUGAAAAUGUUACGGAGAAAUGCAGAUGACAGGGCCAGAGGUGAUUUUCAUAAAGAAAUAAAGAUAAUGUCUCAGUUAAAGGAUCCCAAUAUUGUCCGUGUUUUGGGUGUUUGUACUCGGGAAGAACCCCUUUGUAUGAUCGUGGAAUACAUGAAAUAUGGAGAUCUUAAUCAGUUCCUUCUGGAUCAUGUACCGGAAAGUCCUGUUGCCCUGGCAACUAACGCAAAGACAUUGAGUUACGGCUGUUUGAUAUACAUGGCGUCACAGAUUGCAUCCGGAAUGAAAUAUUUAGAAUCAUUAAAUAUGGUACAUAGAGACUUGGCUACACGUAAUUGUUUAGUGGGCACAAACUAUACCAUAAAAAUAUCUGAUUUUGGAAUGAGUAGGAGUCUGUAUAGUGCUGAUUAUUAUAGGAUAGAAGGACGAGCUGUGUUACCCAUUCGAUGGAUGGCUUGGGAAAGUAUUCUACUGGGUAAGUUUACCACCAAGAGUGAUGUAUGGUCGUUUGCAGUCACUCUAUGGGAAGUUCUGACGUUUGCCCAUGAUCAGCCGUACGACGCCCUUACUGAUGAAAUGGUGAUCGAAAAUGCAGGGCAUUACUAUAGAAAUGAUAAACAAGAGGUCUACCUGCCUCAUCCACCAAAUUGUCCCAAAGAAAUCUAUGACUUAAUGUGUGAAUGUUGGAACCGUAGUGAAAGUGCACGACCGACGUUUAGAGAAAUUCAUAUGUUUCUUCAGCGCAAAAACAUGGGUUAUAAUCCUAAAGACGAGAAAAUGAAUCAGUUAAAAGUUCCUAUAUGUUGACUAAGAGAACCGAGUUAUAUUCGGAAACAAUUAAAUACUAGUCAACAAGUAGUAAAAUUAAACAUGCUGUGAUUUCCCGUAAGACUUCUUGUGAGAAGACAUUUAGCCAAUAUGGCUACCAAUACUGACUGCCAGGCUAGCUUUAAUCAUAGUUAUAAAGUGCUAGUGAGAUCUUGUGAAGACAUUGUUCUCAUUGCUUAGCACAGCUUCUAGUUGUAGAAGUAUUCCUGAAAAAUCCAUAUUGUAUCUGUGAUGAUGAAGCAUGUGGUGCUCCAUCCUAAUAGGAGGAAAGUAUAGCAGUACUCUAGUUAGAGUGCAACAAAAUAUGUUUAGAUGGUGGUGUUCCAUUCUCUAAGGAGAAGGAUAAACAUAAGGAGAGCUUGUGCUGUCCAGCAUGUAGAAAUAAAUUACAAAAUAUAUGAGGUUGUAAAAAAUUAUUAGAGAAUUGUAAACAUUAUGAUGUUUUUUUCAUAAGAACAGUAUUUUCUUGAAUUUCUUGUUGUGGACAUGUAUACACAACAGAAAAUUGAUCAUUCUCAGUUGUAAAACAUGUUGAGGGAUAAUGUUGUAUGGAAAAGAAUUUUCUGAAAUUGUUGAGUUAAAAUGUAGUUAAUUCUCAAUGUAAAAAAUGCUCUUUAAAUUAAAAUACCUGACUUGCAGUCGAUAAUUAAAAGCACUGUUUUUGCUUCUUCUUUUUUUGGUAAUUUUUACAUGUUUUGGUUAAUUUAUGUUAAAAAUUUCAAACUUUUUGAUGAAGUUUCACCCCAUAAUUUCACAUUUUGAUUUAAAUUUCACCUUUUACAAAAUAUUUCUGCUAAAAUCCUGCCGAAAAAAAUAUGCAUUACUUCAUAUCCCUGUCAUUUUGCCAGAAUAUAAUAUUGCCAUCCAUGAUGAUCAUGAAAUAUUUUGUGGAGAAACUAUGAUUUAAACUGAUAAUUUUGAUUUAAGAUAUAACAUAUUGGCAAAGAUAUUUCAUGAUUCACAAUUUAUGGAUGGUUUGAAAUGACAGUUUGUUUUAACCAAGGCAACGAAAUUAUUUGUAUUUCCAAGUCAAUGUACCUCAUUUUUUGUAUGAUUUAUAAGUAAUCAAUUAGUAGCAAUCAUGAUUAGCAUAUUUCAAUCAUUAGUUCCUGUUAUUAAAUCCAUAUUUAUUGUAAAAAGACAUCAACUAAUAGCUUUAAUUUUGUCAUUUCUCAUUUCAUGCUUUCUACUAAAAACUAUGUUCAUAAAAGAGCAGUGCCAUAUUCAUAUAGUAUUUUUGCAACAGAUUUGCUUUUGAUUAAAAAAAGAUAGCACUAAUUUUAUUUUGACAAAUAAUGUAAUUGCAAUACUGACCGGUGCUAGCACAUUUAUGCUGGCUGUUCUCAUCAAAAUCAUUAGCAUGGGAGAGGUUUCUCCCUUUAUAUCAGAAAUUUCCCAUUCUUCAGAUAUUGUUAGAGUUAUCCCCCAUUGAUUGUGUAUAUGUUGUUGUAAUUAAAGAUGUAUUUAUUAUUGUUAAAUUGAUUGUGCAAUAGAGAUUCAUUCACUUUUUUAAUAGUGAUAGUUGUUUACAUUUUCUAAUUAAUGUUUAAUUAGUAAAUCGGUACCAUGAUAUGAAGGUUAGGAAUUCAAACUAAGGGGGGAUUUUUCAAAACAAAGUUGGGGUCACAAUUUCUUCUUAAGUUGCAACUGAAUACUUGAUGUUUUAGUUAGAUACAAAAAUUGACUUGCAGAACAUUUGUAAUUUUACUUACAUAAAUUAAGGAAUUUUUCUUUAAUUUGACUGCAAGAUUUUUGUGAAAAUUUACUCAUGGCUGUCAAAAUAAACAAAUUAUACUCAUAUGAAAAAUAUUGAUGCUUAUAAAAAGAAAUGAACUAUUUUUAAGGGAUAUUUUCAUUCUAUUGUUUGAAAGAAAUAUUCAUCAUGUUGUUAAGUAGAAAAAAUUGUUUGGUAAAUAUAAGGUCUUAAUUAGAUCUAUAAUAACAAGCAAAAGAGUUGUUAGUAUAUGAGAAAGUUUUACAAAUAUCCAUGGUAACAUACCUAACAAAACAGUUGCUUGUCAAAGUGGUUUCCAUGGUAAUAUUUUGAGCAAGAGAUUUGCUUGACUAUGAAAAUUAAAUCAGGAGAGAUAACUCAGUCAUAAGUAGGUUGUGAAACAAAAUCUUCAAAUUCAUUUCUGUUCAAGCAAAAAACUUUUUGAUUUCAAUAAUAAUAAAAUCAAGGAGGGAGAAACAAACUAUAUUACUAAAGCUGUUUAUAUAUUAUUUAAUAUAUUUGAUAUUUGUUGAGUUCUCUUUUCUUACAUCAUGUAAAUGCUACUAGGGGCAUACCUAAUGUAAAUUUUGAACAGGGUUGAAAGACUGAAAUUAGUAAUUUUUCUCUUCAUAAUAGAUAAAGGUGAUCUGACCAUUGGUAAACAACUGUCUACUUGAUUAACAAAUAGUUUAUAUUUCUACACACAUAUUUCUAUAUAUGUGAUAUUUCCAUUAAAAGUUUUGCUUGGACAGAAAUGACAUUUUGUUAUAGUAGUUAAGAAUAAUCUAUAUUUUUAUAUAAAGUUCCAUUGCCAUCAUAUUAUUUUGACAUUUUUUUAAAUAGCUUAUAUUAUAGAAUUUUGGUGCUGUUAUGUAAUCACGGUUUUGUAAAUACAUUUUAUAUUUGUGCUAGUUUUUAUCUCAAAAUACACUAAAAUUACAUAACAUUAAUGUGUCUAAAUCACUUUGGUACACAAACAUUACAUACCAUUCUUGUGUUUAAAUCAAUUUGGUACACAAUUCAUGAGUAAAUCACCUUGGUACACAAAAAUUACAUACCAUUCUUGUGUUGAAAUCACUAUGGUUAUUCAAGUACUGCAUUGUAUUUUUAAUCAGUGUAUAAGUUAAUGCAUACAUUAGCAUAGACUUUCCCAAAUAUGUAAUAUCUAAAACCAGUAGACAUUUUUUCACACUCUAAAAUCAUUUUAAGUCAAAUGAGUCACUCAUUACAUUAAACCUUCAAAUUGAGUCAUAAGAAUUUUUUGGUGAAAACAAUUUC